CUCGACUACCUGAUCGAUCAUCGAUAGUAUCUACUCUCCCCACCAUGAGCGGGCGAAAACUCAAUCCCGAAGAGCAAAAGCUCCACCAAGCUGCGCUUUCCAGCACAGACAAGGUUUUAACGUCAAAACAAGCUGAAAAGAUAAUCCCUGAUAUGGCCGCACGUACCGCAGCCAUUAACUUUCUCCUGGGAGCCGGCAUGCUCAAAGUCCUGUCCAACGCGGCAGGUAUUAUUUCGUUCCGAGCCGUAAUGAAAAAGGAGAUAGAAGUGAAAAAAGAUAUGAGCGGUGAAGAAGCCAUGGUGCUCGGUCAUAUCCAAGCUUCCGCAAACGAAGGAAUAUGGACCAAACACUUAAAGACCAAAACCGAACUGCACCAAACCGUCAUCGACAGGUGCCUCAAAUCACUCGUUCAGAAGCAGCUCGUGAAGGCUAUCAAAGCCGUCAAGCACCCAACGCGCAAGAUCUAUAUGCUUGCGCACCUAGAACCUUCAGUCGAACUUACAGGUGGGCCAUGGUACACCGACAACGAACUCGACACGGAAUUUAUUAAGCUCCUCUCAACCGCAUGUCUGCAUUACAUCCGUGACCGUUCCUUCCCCAAACAAAGCUCCAAAGCCUCCUCCCAAAACGAACACAGACUCUACUCCAUAAGCGCCGCACCCACCUACCCAUCUGCUCAGCACAUCCAACAUUUUCUAAGUAAAAGCAAGCUGACGGAGACGCAAUUGGGCGUCGAACAUGUCGAAAUGCUUUUGAGAGUACUGGAGUUGGAUGGGGAAAUUGAGAAGUUACCCGCAUUCACAAUGCCGUGGGACGCUACAGUCGACUCCGACAAUGCAACUUCUUCAGACUCGGACUCGGACUCAAGCUCGGACUCAGACUCGGACUCGGACUCGGAAUCAGACUCAGCUACUCGCAAGAAACGUAAACGCAGCUCGUCCAAAAAGAAGAAGAAAUCCAAAUCCAAAACGCGAAAACGGCGUCGUACGGAUAGUUCCAGUGACAGCGGCGAUGACGACGAGUCUGAAGAAGAGGAGCGGCCGAAACGAAAGAGGAAGAAGGAAGAGAACGAGAGUAAGGGGAAAAGGAAGAAGCGGGAUGAAUCAUCUGACGAUGAUUCUGAAUCCGAAUCCGAAUCCGACGAUCAUGACAAUAUCAACAUCGGAGGUGCUUUCGUCUACCGAGCCAUCCGCCAAGAACGAGUAGCGCUGGGUUGGUCCCAAGCUCCAUGCGGUAGAUGUCCAGUAUUCGACUUCUGUCGCGACAAGGGGACCUACGAACCCACAAGACUGCAUGUAUUACGAGGGUUGGCUUAAUUUUAAGCUUGGGUACUGGCGAAGAGGCCCCAUAGUUUAUAAAUUUUCACGAUGUAAAUAAUAGUUAUUUUACAUUUCUGCAGCGAUAUAGCACACCUUCA